GCAGACAUAAACCUCUCCGUGACAGCCUCUCUUCCCACCUCCUCCUCUAGUCGUUCUGUACGCCUGGCAGCUAGCGGCGGCCUUCAAAUACCGAAAGCAGCCGUGUGCUUGUUAAAUAGCAUUUAAUACCCCUCCAAACAAACACAGCUUUCCAGUUACUUCCCCCCCAGACACCAUGGCUAGUUACCACAAACCCGACGAGAAGACUCUGCAGGGACUUAAAGACAUUGCUAACAAGCUAAGGAUCAACUCCAUCAAGGCGACAUGCGCUUCUAACUCCGGCCAUCCCACAUCAUGCUGCAGCGCAGCAGAGCUCAUGUCUGUGCUCUUCUUCCACACCAUGCGCUACAAAGCAGAUGAUCCUCGUAACCAGUGCAAUGACCGCUUUGUGCUCUCAAAGGGUCAUGCCGCACCUGUCCUGUAUGCUGCCUGGGCAGAAGCCGGUUUCGUGAAGGAAUCGGAUCUGCUCAACCUGCGUAAGAUCGACUGUGACCUGGAGGGGCACCCCACACCAAAACUGGCAUUUGUCGACGUGGCGACUGGAUCUCUUGGUCAAGGUCUUGGGGCUGCUUGUGGGAUGGCCUAUACUGGCAAACACUUUGACAAAGCCAGUUACCGUGUGUACUGCAUGCUCGGUGAUGGCGAGUGUUCAGAAGGCUCUGUGUGGGAGGCCAUGGCCUUCGCCUCCUACUACAAGCUGGACAACCUGGUGGCCAUCCUGGACGUCAAUCGUCUCGGUCAGAGCGAGCCGGCACCCCUACAGCACGACAUGGAGACCUACCGCAAGCGCUGCGAGGGCUUUGGGUGGAACACGUAUGUUGUGGAUGGACACGAUGUGGAGGAGCUGUGCAAAGCUUUCUGGCAGGCUCAGCAGGUUAAGGGUAAACCCACCUGUAUUGUUGCCAAGACCUUGAAAGGAAAAGGACUCAAAAACAUUGAGGAUCUUGAAAACUGGCAUGGGAAGCCCAUCCCUAAAGACAAGGUAGACGGUCUUCUGAAGGACUUGCAGUCUCAGAUCCAGGUCCCCAAUAAGACCGUCUGCCCAGAGCUUCCCAAUGACGAUGCAGCACCAGCUGACCUCAGCCCCAUCUCCCUACCUUCACCCCCAGCUUACAAGAAGGGAGAUAAGAUGGCAACAAGACAAGCCUAUGGAAUAGCACUGGCCAGACUGGGCCAGGGAAGCCAGAGGGUGGUGGCCCUGGAUGGAGACACAAAAAACUCCACUUUCUCAGAUUUAUUUAGGAAGGCCUACCCCGAGCGCUUCAUUGAGUGUUUCAUCGCUGAACAAAACAUGGUAGGCGUAGCCAUUGGCUGUGCCACUCGUGACCGCACCGUUGCGUUCGCCAGCACCUUUGCUGCCUUCUUCUCCAGAGCCUAUGAUCAGAUUCGUAUGGGAGCCAUCUCCCAGUCAAACGUCAACCUAGUAGGAUCCCACUGUGGCGUCUCUAUUGGUGAGGACGGUCCAUCCCAGAUGGCCCUGGAGGACCUGGCCAUGUUCCGCGCCAUACCGACAUGCACGGUGUUCUACCCGAGCGACGCCGUGUCGACAGAGAGGGCUGUUGAACUGUCUGCUAACACAAAGGGAAUCUGCUUCAUUCGUACUAGCAGACCAGCCACUGCAGUGAUCUACGCGCCAGAGGAGAAGUUUGAAGUGGGCGUAGCCAAGGUGGUGCGCCAGUCUGACAGUGAUGUGGUGACUGUGAUCGGAGCUGGAAUCACUCUACACGAAGCACUGGCUGCCUAUGAUACGCUCAAAAGUGAAGGCAAAAACAUUCGUGUGAUUGACCCAUUCACCAUCAAGCCCUUGGAUGCUGCCACCAUUUUGUCUUGUGCCAGAGCCACAGGGGGGCAGAUCAUCACAGUGGAGGACCACUACAAGGAGGGUGGUCUUGGUGAAGCAGUGCUGUCUGCAGUGGGAGAGGAGCCUGGCAUCAUGGUAACCCGGCUGGCGGUGUCUGCUGUUCCCCGCAGCGGAAAGCCCCAGGAGCUCCUGGAUAUGUUCGGCAUCAGCGCCAAGCACAUCGCCAACGCUGUCCGCAAGACCUUUGCAAACUAAAGACUCCCAGCUUUUGAGAUUUCAUCACAACCCGCUACCAUCUGCCUGCCUCGGCGUCAACACCAGUUGACCUCUACUGCCAUCUUGUGGCUUUGAAGCUGUAGUUCACCAACCCUGUAUUACAGUUGGCAAGAGAGCAGUGUGUUUUGAGCAAAUAACCCAUUAUCCCUGUUCACUUUAACCAAUCAUUCCUGUUCCCAAAACCUUUCUGAAGACUACUGUAAAUUCUGAACUCGGCCGUGGCUUAUGUUGUCAUUCUCUUUUGUUUUAUCGUUUCCCCAACUCUAUAAGUUGUUCAAAGCUCUGUUACUGCUGUUCUUGUAAUGUUGUAGAUCAGUAAGUUUCAAUCCUGGUCCUCAGAAACCAUUGUCCUUCAGGUUUUAGAUGCGUCUCUGCUCCAGCACACCUGAGUUAAGUGAUUGCACGACCUCCUCAGCAACCAUCAAGAGCUGCAGAGGCCUCGUCAUCGCCAAUAUAUUUAAAUCAGGCGUGUGGAGGCAGGGACAUCCCUAAAACAUGCAGGGCAGUGGGUCCUGGUGAGAAGGAUAGAAAACCACUGUUCUAGCUCACUUCCCUAGUUUUGGUGAAAGCCUUUUAAUACUUUUGCUGAGUUACAAAUGUUUGCUUUACCCCACAGUUGAGUUGCACCAUGAAGACAUUCCACAGAUAUAACAACACUCAUGGUUAAAGGUUUCCUCUCACCUCCUGUUGCUGUGAUGUGCUAAAAAGAAAUAAAAAAAAAUCAUGACCUAUCA